AUGCUAUCAGAAUACGACAGAGUUUUUUACUUGACGACGUAUAUAUUUGGUGUAGCUUCAAUGGUAUUUUAUCAUAAUGCCAUGAUUUUAAUUUUAAGAAUACGUAAAAGACCAAUAAACAUUUCUGAUAUUGAAGGAUCAUUUUCAACUUUACAGGAAGGGAUUCGACUUACUCUUCAAUUCAACGAUUUUACAAAACCAACAAUUACUUUGAAAUCUUCACCACCAAAUCCUCUUCGAUUAUUCAGAAUAAUGGGCUCAGCCAAUAAAACUUUAAGCAGUACUAUCAACGAUUGUAAAAGUACAAGUACUAGUGUUAAUCAUGUUAAGCAUAAAAAAUCCAAUCUGACAAUAUAUUCAGCUGUCUUAUACUGGAAUCUAUCCAGAAUUUUUAUUGCAACUUUAUUGAAUGUUAAUACAGUUAUAGAUGCAUUUAGACUAUUUGAUUUAGAUUCUGUAUUCAAUUAUUCGUUGAAUUUUGUUAUUUGUAUUGCAAUGUCUUAUCUUAUUACCUAUGAUAAAGAUUUUGUGAGAUAUAUUGCUGGGAAGAACACUUUAGUUGCGAAUUAA